UAAUAAGUGUGAGACAUUCCCACUGGCUACACGGGUUAAUAUUGUGUGUGUGGGGCUCUCUCCAGAUGGAAGUCUCGCCAUACUAAUUGAUGAAGAGGGAGCUGCCUUGCUUGUCAGUUUGAUCGGUAAAUGUGUGAUACAUCGCUUCUAUUUUCAUAAGCCAGUUCACAGUGUCAGCUUCUCCCCUGACGGCAAGAAAUUUGUGAUUACAAAAGACAAUGUUGCUCUUAUGUACCAUGCUCCUGGGAGGAAACGAGAAUUUAAUGCGUUUGUUCUGGACAAAACUUACUAUGGUCCAUAUGAUGAAACAACUUGUAUCGACUGGACUGAUGAUUCCAAGUGUUUUGCAGUAGGGAGCAAGGACAUGUCUACAUGGGUAUUUGGAGCAGAACGAUGGGCAAACUUGAUCUACUACUCACUUGGAGGGCAUAAGGAUGUAAUAGUAGCCUGCUUUUUUGAAGAGAACAGUCUAGAUCUGUACACAAUUAGCCAGGAUGCAGCGCUCUGUGUGUGGCAGUGUGAUACAGAGCUUGAUGGUUUGAAGCCUAUGCCCCCUAAAGAUGCAGCUAUGGAAGAGAAUGCAGCAAACAAUGAUGAAGAGUUUCUUGAAGAGCCGAAGGGUGAAGAAAUUCACGGAAAAGCCAAUCCAAAUGAACAAGAGACUAGACAUAAAGUUAAAUAUUCACGUGUUGCGAAGUAUUUUUUCAAUAAAGAGGGAGAUUUUAAUAAUCUGACAUCUGCAGCUUAUCACAAGAAGACACACCUUUUAGUUACUGGUUUUGCCUCUGGAAUCUUUCACCUCCAUGAGCUUCCAGAUUUCAAUCUGAUCCACUCCUUGAGUAUUUCAGACCAAAGGAUAGCUUCUAUUUCUAUCAACUGUACUGGUGACUGGAUUGCCUUUGGAUGUUCAGGUUUGGGUCAGCUCUUGGUGUGGGAAUGGCAAAGUGAGUCCUAUGUGCUGAAGCAGCAGGGACAUUUCAACAGCAUGGUUUCAUUAGCAUAUUCUCCAGAUGGACAAUACAUAGUUACUGGAGGGGAGGAUGGAAAA